CCCGAGGACGCAGCCAUGAGCGGCGUCGGGGAGCCCGGCGGGGGAGGCUCGCGGCCCCGGGAGGAGCCCCCGCCCCGCGCGGCGCCGCUGCCCGCCCUCCGCUGGGAGCAGAUCCGCCCGCACCACCUGCCCGGCGACAAGUGGCUGGUCAUCGAGCGCCGCGUCUACGACAUCAGCCGCUGGGCGCAGCGGCACCCGGGGGGCAGCCGCCUCAUCGGCCACCACGGCGCGGAGGACGCCACGGAUGCCUUCCAUGCCUUCCAUCAAGAUCUCCAUUUUGUGCGCAAGUUCCUGAAGCCCCUGCUGAUUGGAGAACUGGCCCCAGAGGAGCCCAGCCAGGAUGGACCUCAGAAUACCCAGCUGAUCAAGGACUUCCGAACUCUGCGCCAGGCAGCUGAGGACAUGAAACUCUUUGAGGCCGAUCCUGUCUUCUUCGCUCUCCUGCUGGGCCACAUCUUGGCCAUGGAAGUGCUGGCCUGGCUUCUCAUCUACCUCCUGGGCCCUGGCUGGGUGUCUAGCACCUUUGCUGCUCUCAUCCUGGCUCUCUCCCAGGCCCAGAGCUGGUGUCUACAGCACGACUUGGGCCACGCCUCCAUCUUUAGGAAGUCCCGCUGGAACCAGGUGGCCCAGCAGUUUGUGAUGGGGCAGCUGAAGGGCUUCUCUGCGCACUGGUGGAAUUUCCGUCACUUCCAGCACCACGCCAAGCCCAACAUCUUGAACAAAGACCCAGAUGUGACCCUGGCGCCCGUCUUCCUUGUGGGGGAGUCAUCUGUGGAGUACGGCAAGAAGAAACGCAGAUACCUACCCUACAACCACCAGCACCUGUACUUCUUCCUGAUUGGACCCCCACUGCUCACCCUGGUGAACUUUGAAGUGGAAAACCUGGCAUAUAUGCUGGUGUGCAUGCAGUGGACGGACUUGCUCUGGGCCACCAGCUUCUACUCUCGUUUCUUCUUGUCCUACGUCCCUUUCUACGGUGUCCCUGGGGCGUUGCUUCUCUAUGUGGCUGUCAGGGUCCUGGAAAGCCACUGGUUCGUGUGGAUCACACAGAUGAACCACAUCCCCAAGGAGAUCGGCCAUGAGAAGCACCAGGACUGGGCCAGCUCUCAGCUGGCAGCCACCUGCAAUGUGGAGCCGUCGCUCUUCCUUGACUGGUUCAGCGGGCACCUCAACUACCAGAUUGAGCACCACCUCUUCCCUACCAUGCCAAGGCACAACUACCACAAAGUGGCCCCGCUGAUCAAGUCGCUGUGUGCCAAGCAUGGCCUGCAUUAUGAGGUGAAGCCCUUCUUCACCGCCCUGGUGGACAUCAUCAGGUCCCUGAAGAAGUCUGGUGAUGUCUGGUUGGAUGCCUAUCUCCACCAAUGAAGGCAGGACUUGCCCAGGUGGAGAAGUGGGGGAAGGGCCCCAGCCCCAGGACCAUCAAGCCACUCCAGGCAGGCUCUCCAGUGCCAUCCACGCUCGCUCCUGGUCCUGCCUCUUCCCUCCUCAGCAGCCCGAUGGCCUUGGCUUUGCAGCGCCCUCAGGACCAGGGGUGGAGGGAGAGUACUUAAGGCCCUUCUGCGAAGUACAGCAUGUUUUCCUAGAUCAAGGAUUGGGGAAAACUGAUAUUUUUUAUAUAAAAAUCAACUCUAUAUAUUAUAGA